AUGGUCGCGGUGCUUGGGGUGCUUGUAGCGUCUCUUGUCGCGGAGAGCGCCCUCUACGGCACUUUUCUGGUCUUGUGUUUCGUCACGGCGUUUCUGCGCUAUUCGAGGUAUUCGGCAUCCGAUAGACCAAAGUUCUCUGCUAUAGCAUGGAACCCAGUGGUUUUGUCCACCGCUGCGCUGCUUGUCGUGUGUACUGCUCAUUGGGCCAUCUCCGUUUUUCGCUUUUUCAAGUCUGUCUCCCGAGCGACAAACGCGCCGAGUACAAGCUUCCUCAUAUAUUUGGAAGAAUGCGCGGUCGUUGCGCAAGCUGUCAACAACUUUCUAACGCUGCUCACCAUUUGGAUCGGAGAUGCUGUCUUAAUAUACCGCUUGUGGGUUAUCUGGAAUAGGAACCCGCGGAUUGUCGUCUUCCCCAUCCUUCUCUGGGUCGGAAUCAUCAUUGUCGGCUGCUUCUUGACCUUCGUGUUCUUUCAGCCCGCUGACAAAUUCGGCGAAACAUUCCAACGCUAUCAUGGCUGGUUUACGGCUAAUUGGGCACUCACAACCUCGGUAAACAUAUAUUGCACAGGAUUCAGCGCCUGGCGGAUUUGGAGUGCUUGUCGCGCCUCAGGGGCAAUGGCGGCGAAGCCCUUCAUGUCGGUUUUGGUUAUUUUGGUCGAGAGUGCGGUGUUUUUAGCCGCAUGGGCGAUCUUCUUCGUCAUUACCUACCAGACAAGCUCGCCACUCGAAGUCCUUAUCGUUGAUGUCCAGGGCGUGAUCAUUGGGAACGUGAACAUGCUCAUUCACAUCCGUGUCGAGCUUGCUUCCCCAGGGUUCCGUGACUCAGACUUAGGCGGGGGGAGCGAUGAAACCAGCGGGCGGGAGGUGGUGAUGACUAAUGACGUGUCGAUAUUUGGGUUAGAUCUUGAGGCGGGUCAGGGUACGGACAGCGCUAUCGAGAUACAGCUGCAGAGAAUUGGACUGCCGGUGGGAGGAAGUAAGGUAAACUCAGGUGGCUGA